AAAACAUUUGUAAGAACUUUUCGUAGUAAUCAUUUUGAGGAGGAGAGUAGUUUACAUGACUUAGUUUCCUACCAAAGAUGGCGGCAUUGUUGCAGUGUUGUGCGGAAUUGGGCACAUUUCAAUUAUAAGGUCUGGUUUCCCAUUGGCAACCGCCGAAAAGGGUUAAAACAUCAACGACUGAAAGCGUGAAGAUUAAAAAAAAAAGAAGUGCCCAAUCCUCAAAAACUAGCACACACUGCACAUCUGAGGAUUGUCAGGAGUCUCCAGUAGAUAAAGGAAGGCUUCGACUGGGAUAGAAAGACAAAUAAUUACUUACUACUGUCUGCCUGUCCUCUUUGAAAGAAUCAACAUCACUUUUGGCAAAACAAUGUCUAACUCAAGGAAAACAACUAGUCCUCAGUGGAAGAAUUUCCAGCCGCCAGCUCAGAAUCCCUCCAUUCUUUAUAGCCAGAGAACACCAACUACAAACAAUUCAAUUGCUACUUCACCUAACGGCACAAGUAAUGGAGUUCGACAAACUGGCUUUGUGGAAAAAUUACUGCAUUCCUAUGGUUUUAUUCAGUGUAACGAAAGAGAGUCAAGAGUUUUCUUUCACUUCAGUGAAUACAGUGGUAAUGCGGAAAAUGUCAAAGUUGGAGAUCCUGUUGAGUUUCAGUUGUCGUAUGAUCGACGAACUGGGAAGCGGAUUGCAUGUUCUGUGAUAAAAAUUGACCCUGGCGUAUCCUCUCAAGAAAUUUUAAGUGAGGAACGUUUUCAAGGCUCUAUAGUUCAAGAAGCAAAACCAGUUAAAGCCAAAAAUGGCACAGUGUCAGGAAAUCAGGAUGGGCUUGGUAGAGUCACGUAUCUACACAAUGGAGAAUGUUUUUUCCUUCCUUAUGGCUUAGAAGAUGUAAUUGAUGGUUCUUCGAAAUUGAAAGCUGGAGAUCAAGUCAGAUUUUAUAUUGCUUCUGAUAAAAGAAAUGGUAACAUUAGAGCUCGAAGACUUGAAAGUGUCAUGGUGCAAAAUCAAGAGAAAUAUCAAGGUGUCGUUUGUUCGAUGAAAGAGAACUUUGGCUUCAUAGAGCGUUCUGAUGUUGUGAAAGAAAUAUUUUUCCACUACAGUGAAUAUAAAGGCGAUAUCAGUGAACUGCUUCUUGGAGAUGACGUAGAAUUUCAAAUUCAGUCAAGAAGUAGACAAUGGGAUUAUUCAUUAAAUAGCCACAAAAACAGUAACCAACCAGAAAAUGAUGGUAGGGAAGUUGCUGUAAAUAUUUCACGAUUACCUGAAGGAACUGUGAUAUUCGAAGAUGUUGCUAUUGAAAGCAUAAACGGGAGAAUUCUGAAAACCUUAAAAAAUUCCAAUAAAGGUCGUCAAGGAGAUCCCCUUUGUGGAAGAAUUGUUUAUGAAGUAGAUAACCGGCAAGUUGAAAUUCCAUUUGGAGACAAGGACCAAAAGGGAGACUUCACAUUACAGGUUGACGAUCUUGUUGCAUUUAAUAUUGCUACAGACCGCAGAGAUGGAUUACAACGAGCUACACAAAUUGAACUUCUUGACUGUACCUUUGAGAAAAGCAAAGAAACCAGAGAGGUGGGCAUUGUUGCUACUCUGAAGGAAGGAUAUGGUUUCAUACAAUGUGCUGAUCGCGACCUCAGAGUUUUCUUCCAUUUUAGUGAAAUGCUUGAUCAAACUAAGGAGUUGAAGCUGCAGGAUGAAGUUGAAUUCACAGUAGUACAAGAUCCUUCAUCACCAAAUAAGCAAAUAGCUAUUCGCAUUAAAAUGCUUCCCAAACGAACACUUUCUCUUACAAUUUCUACUGAAAAAUAUAUUGGAACAAUUGACCGUGAGCCUGCAACACACAAAAGCCCAGGCAAAAACAAAGAAGGGGAAUCUGGAAAUAUAAUAUAUGACUAUGAAGGUGCUAUUCAACAAAUUCCAUAUUACUUAAAAGAUUUAGUGGACCAGAAGGGUCCUCCAAGAUAUGGUGAUAAGAUUGAAUUUAGCAUUGGUGAAUCGUCUAGAAAUGGCCAGAAGAGAGCUGUCAAUAUAAGAGUAGUUCUUCGCAAUGUUGCUGGCAAAUGCCAAGGCUUCAUUGCUACAUUGAAAGACAACUAUGGAUUCAUUGAAAAUGCUGACCAUGAGAAGGAAGUUUUCUUUCAUUUCAGCUCUAUUGAGAAUGAUCAGUUGGAAUUUAAUCUUGGCGAUGAAGUAGAAUAUACAUUGGCUAAAAAAGGGGCCAAGUUAAGUGCUGAAAACAUCAAAAAACUUCCGAAAGGCACUGUUUCACCUGAGGAAAUUAUUUGGGAAAAAGGGACCCUACAAGGAAAGAUUAUUCGACCCUUACGCAUUGUCAAUCCUGAACAGGAUGAAUAUAGUGGUCUAGUACAAGUUGGUUUGGAUGAAGAUGAAGAGGAAGUGUACCAAUAUGGUAUUACUAGCCUGGCUGAUAAACGAGAUUUCCUCCAGAAGGGUGAUGUUGUAAAGUUCCAGAUUGCAUCAGUGAAAGCCACUGGGAAAAAACGAGCUGUUUGUGUGGCUGCUAUGCGUAGCUAUGUGCGUGCUAAAGUUGAUUCUGUGAAGGGAUUGUUUGGCUUCCUGAAUUAUGAAGUUGAAGAUGGCAAAAAGCUAUUCUUUCAUAUGACUGAAGUCCAUGACAGUAUUGAGCUGCAACCUGGUGAUGAAGUUGAAUUUGUAGUUGUGCAGAAUCAAAGAAAUGCCAAAUUUUCAGCUUGUAGUUUGCGUAAAAUUACUGAUACACGACGCCCAGAUCGCCUCUUAAAUCGACUAAAGAGUUUUACAGAAGAGACCGGCCCUCGUAUUAUUCUAAUUCGAGCACCAAAAGGUCCAGAUGGCACGAAAGGUUUUGCCCAUGCCCGGACAGCUGUAAAAAUACUAGAAUAAUAGUCUUAUGACCACAGCUUGCUGUUCUUUAGAUUUCUCUCAAUGUUUGUUUUUCUUCUCUCUCACUCACACUCUACAACUGCUCAUUCUAAUGUAGAAGCUUCCAUUCUGAAGUUCCAGCUAUAUAUCUACCUUUCUUCAUAUAUAUAAAUACAUACAUAUAUACAUAUAUCUAUAAAUACACACACACACACAUGCAUACACACAUCUAUAUAUAUGAAGCAAUGGAGAUUCAUCUGAAGAUAUAAUUGGUUAUUUACUAACCACUCUCCUAAUACAUACAGAUUUGCCUGUUUUUUUUUUAAAAACAUUCCCAUAUUUAGAACUACCUAUAAAACAUUUAUUUAUUUGGUUGAACUGUACAGUGUUCCAAGAUACGUUUAUUUGCUUUACUGAAUAUUGAACUUUGGAAGUUUACGGUUCAUAUCCUUUUUUUUCUUCUUUAUUUCUCUACAGAAAAAGUAAAAAAUAAAAAAAAAAAUUCAUUUGAAUAUUUAUUUAUCUAUUUCCUUCUUAAGAAGAAAAAAAAAAAACAAACAUAAUAAAACAAAUUUCAACUCUUAUCAAUUAAGAAAAUAAGAAAAAUAAAUAAAAAUUGUAACAACUAUUUGUAAAGAUCUUUUUGAUUCACUUGAACAUGCUGGAAUUUCAGAAGUUAUCUAUUCCAUCUUUACAUACAUGUAUCAAUACAUAUAUACAUAGAUAUGUAUAUGUGUGAGUGCACACACACAAACAUACACACAUACUUGUGCAUGUGUACACACAUACAUAUUUUCCUCAAACAUACGUAAUAUUAACACAUACUCACUCACACAAACACUCGUUUUUCUCUCUCUCCCCUCUUACACAUACAGAAACACAUAUUUACUUACACAAAUUCUCCUUUUUUCCUUCCUUCCUUCCUUCUCUCUCAUAAGCUACUUCCUCUCUUUCUCACACUAUUCACACUUGUGCAUGAGUAAAGUCUCACGCUUUCUCUCUUUCCCUUCCUCAAUUUAGUUUUUAAGUUAUGUUUAAAUAUAUAUUGUUUUCUUUUUUUUCUGCCAAAUCUCUGUCUGUCUGUCUCUCUUUCUCUCUACUAUUCUUUUCAGUCUCCUCUCUCUUUCUGUUUUUGAUUUUCGUCUGUCUAACUAUGUAUUUUUCUGCCUUGGUGUGACAUUCCCCUUGCUAGAGACAGUUAACUGUUUGUGCGUCAUGAUUAUUCUUCAACUAUGGUCUUCCAUAACAUAACAUGGAAGUUGUAGCUUUAAGCAUUACUAUUCUCUCCAUCCUGCUCUUCCGCACCAUCCUAAUUUAAUUUUUUUUUUAACUCCCCACUACAUUCCCCUAAAAAAGAAAGAAAAUUUUAAAAAGCCAAAAAAAAUUGAAAAAAACUUUUAAAAAUUGAAAAAAAGAUGAAAAAUCCCAUAAAAAUUUUCUUAAAAAAAAGCUAAAAGGAAUAAAUAAAAAAAAAAAAAUUCCCUUUCAUUUUCACCCCUCCUCAUGAAUGCUUUCAAAAUGAUUUAAAAAAAUAUAUUUUUUUUUAAAUUAGUCAAUGCCUUGAUAUUAUGGAUUGUUAAGCGUCAAUAGUUCUGUAAGAUUAGAGCUAAAUUAAUUAAUCUAACAAAAUUUGUAUCCUACUUUGCUGUCAGUCGAGGCUGAGCAAUGUCCUUGUAUAUCCUCAAGUGUUAGCUUCUGUGUCAGCUUUUUUCUUUUCAGACAAAGCAUCCUUUGCCUGAACAAAGUGUUUUGUGACACUAGUUUUAACUUCAUACAGAUUGAGACAACCUUAUUCUUUCAUCUUAUAAAGUCUUGAUUACUGGCUUAAUUAUUUAAUUAAACUGCAGAGUUUCAUAUAUCAGCGAUGACCACCUCUGACUGAUUAUCAGGUGAAAAUCAUUGGCCUAGUUGCAUGCUGUUUAAUGAUCUUAUUAACCAGUUUUGGCUGACUAUUUUCUAAUUGACCUUAUAGCAAAUUUAUUGGUUUAUACCUAAGUAAAAUAUUUGUCUCUGGCUGACCAGUUUCAAUUGAUAUAUAAUGAAAAAUUGAUUGGCCUAGUUGACUGGUAUUUGAUAUGAUCAACCAACCGGUUCUGGCUAUUUAGUUCUUUCUAACUGAUCACAAUUAGCAAAACUGUCGUUAGCCUGUUCCAGUGACAUUUGACUUCAUCAUAACAUUUGUCAACGUCCAUUUUUGAAAUGUUUUUCAUUGAGGGUUAGCUAUAAGAAGUGAGCCAUGUUGUAAACUUCACUUCCAUAUUAUAUAGAAUAAUGUAAAAGCUCUCUCUUAUGUUUUCUUAGUGAUUCGGCUGGCAUUAUGAAUUUCUAGAGCCUUCUUAGCAUCACCAUUAGAUUAACUUCUUCCCACAAAAAUAUGAAUUAAUGAUUUUUAAAGUUUCAGAUUUUAAUCUGGUGUUUUCUCUGAUUAAUGAAUUUAUUAUUAGUCCAAAUGAAAACCUGAUUGAACAACACUUUCCUCUCUGUUUCUCUUUCUCUCUGUCUAUUUUUUUUCUUUAUAGAUAUUUCUUUUGCUUGAUAUAUUGAUUUUUGCAAAAGAAAUAUUUUUUUAUCUGUGCUAUUGACAAUUGAUUCUUUCUGUUUUUCGUUCAAAACAAACUUUGAAAAAAUGAAAUUAAAAAUGAAAAAAAAAUUUUAAAAGUCAAAACUAAUUGCAAAAAAAAAAGAGAAUUCCAUAAAAAAAACCCCUUCAAAAAGAGAACUGAAAAAAAAAAAAAGGAACCCCCCCCCAAGAACCCCCCUUUCUCAUACAAACAAAAAAACAAGAAAAAUAGCCCCUACAAACCCCACCUACCUUUAAAAAAACAACAAAAAAACCAAAGCAUAACUCUUGUAAUUCUUACUAAAACUUUUGUGCUACUCAAAAAAAAAGUAAAAAAUAAACAAUAAAAAAAUUUUUUAAAUACUCUACUGCUGACAAAUAUCAUCUCUUCCCUGUUUUCUUGACAAUUUCUUUUUUUGAAAAAAAAAACCCAACAAAAACAUUUUUUUUAAUCAUUUAUUAAGUUCUUGUUUUUCUGCAAUAUUCUUCAGCAAAAAAAAUAAAAUAAAAAAAAAAAAUAAAGAAAUGGGAAACAAAUGCUGCAGUCAAUUGAGUUGCUGAGGAAUGGAAAUACUAACUAACUGGUUAAUAGUUCUUCAUUCUAUCUCCUUAUCAUGGUGGUUGUGGAGUGCCCUAUCCACAACUAGAGACCAUGGUACAUGUAGCUUUUUGUUGACGACUGCGAUGUGUGUACAUUGUAAACUUUCAGCAGCUCAUUAUAUCUAUCUACAUGUAAAAGAAGUACCACUACAGUAUGGUGCUGGUGUAUGUGUGAGCCAUACUUUUCUCAUUUCCAUAAAAAUUUUGAGAAACACUGAAAUUGCAGAGACUUUUGUUAGCUUACUGUGCUCAGUUCUCAAAACCUGUGAAUAUAUACACACAUGUAUAUAUAUAUAUAUAUAUAUAUAUAUAUAUUUAUGUAUUUAUUAUUCUUUAAUGAGAAUAGUACUGAUAGUAACUUUGAAGUUUCAGCCAGUUAAGCUAUCAUCUGAUGAUGGUUUAGCAGGAUGAAACUUCAAAGUCAUUGUCAGUACUAUUCUUGUUAAGGAAUAAUAUAUAUAUAUAUAUAUAUAUGGGAGAGAGAUGGGCUUGCUAAGGUGACUUGCCUGCUCUAACGAUAUACAGCAUGAAGAUAAAGUCUUCAAGUAAUUCAUCCAUAAUUCAAGUGGAUUAUGGAUCACAUUUUCUGUAAUGAAAAACUUGAGUAAAAAACAAAAACAAAAAAAACCAAGAUACACGACAACUAAAAGUAAAAAUUGAACAAAACAAAGAAAAGAUAUGAUGAAGUAUGAAAAUUGACCCUUGUAAAUUUAGAAAGCUCUUUUGUAUGUGAUGUCCAGCUUUUGUUUUUGGUGGGUAUGGUGUGAAUGAGUUGGACAGUUUCUUCAUUUUAGGUGUGUUGUUGGCACCAUGCUUCUUUUGGUGUUCUCUCUAAAUGUCUUCAGGUAGUAUUCCUGAGCUGGUCUAUAGAUGGAAGCUUGAAUAGCUUAUUUCUACUGACUUGUUCUGGUUGUUUCCAACAAUUACUGACCUAAGAAGAAGAAAGGAUCCUUGUUUCGUUCCUUAGUCUACAUAGUCUGGGAAUACCACUUUGAAGAUAGACUGGAGAGAAUACUGAAUGAAAUGUUUGAGCAACAUAUCAAAAAAUGGAGCAGAGUAGUUCCAAAAAAUAUUAAAAAAAGAAACAAUGACAGACAUCACAUAAAAAAAACAAACAAACAAAAACACCAAAAACCUAUCAAAAAACAAAAAAACUCAUUUCAUAAUAAAAAAUAUGUUGACUUUCUUUUGUAUGUUAUUUUGAAGUGUUUGCUGAUUUGAUUAGAUUAACAUGAAAACAUUUUACAAACUUUCCUCAAUUUUCUUGUCUCAGAUGCUUCGCUUCACUAACUGAUAUACCCACCCUAAGACCUUCCUUCCAUGAAUGUCCCCAACAAUUGCUCAUUUUUUUUGGGCCUCAUUGCUGAAUUUCUUUUUCUUUUCUGAAGUUUGGUAUUUAUCUUUUAUUUAUUUUUUAGAUUUAUUGUUGUUGUUAUUAUUAUUAUUAUUAUUAUUAUUAUUAUUAUUAUUAUUUUCUUUUUUUUCUUCUUACUCUUGAUGUUUCUUUUAAGUUGAGCAUAUUCUAUAAAAUGAUUUACAAAUUUUUUUCUUCACAAAAAGUAUUUCCAGUUUUGUACAAGAGUAAAUAUUUACACGAAAGUGUGUGUCUGUGUAUGUAUACACACACACACACACACACACACACACACACACACACACACACAGUGUGUUGUUUGGUUGUAAGAAUGGUAUGAAAUAAAAUGAACUUAAUACAAGAAUGUGGAGAAGUGUGUAUGAUGGCUGCUUUGCAGUUCUGUAGCUCCAGGUUUGCUCCAGCUGUGCAGAACCUAGGGCAAGUCUUAACCUUUACCAUGGUUUCUAGUAAAGGGUGGGACAGUCACAUGUGAUUGAAAUUUGGAUGACAGGAGUGUGUGGAAGCUUGUUAGACGUGUGUGUGUGUAUGUGCGUUUGUAAUAAAUGGAAUGAUGCAAUCUGUGUAGAAACAAAAAUAUCUUGUGUUAUUUAGUUCCACCCUGAUCACAUCACUUUAAAUUCAGGUUGGUUUUGUUGUAUGCCCAUACAAGGUCGAUAAAAUAAAUAGCUAAUAAAGUAUUGGGGUUGAUAUAAUUGCCUGAAACCCUACAGGCAGUACCCCAACAUGGUCACAGUCCAAUAACUGAAAACUGUGUGUGUGUGUGUGUGUGUGUGUGUGUGUAUGUAUAUAUAUAUAUAUAUAUAUAUAUAUAUAUAUGAAGUCCCUAUUCAAUUUUAAAUUUGUAUAACUUUAGUUAUAAAUCUGAUGUUUGACAUUCACGACUCUGAAGAUGACCAUAUUAAGCAGCUCUAUUUUUCAUAGCUGCUGAGAUGGCUUAUUUGGCCAAUAUUAACAUAAAAUCCUCAGUUUAAAGGGACAUGUAAUAGCAGAAUCAGGACCCAGUGGGGCUCUUGCUUUCUGUGCAGCCAUCUUCUCUACUAUCUGUGUGUGUAUAUACACACACACAUAUGCAUAUAUAUCAGUGGAAGAAGUUAUUACAGUUUUAGAUAAAUUUUUCAAGAUUUUAAAAUUUUAGUGUACACUCUCAGGUAUACAGACUGAUUUGAUUCUGAUGUUCUAGAAAUUAGUUUGUGGCUGAUUUUUCAAUUAUAUUCUGAAUUACACUAGUUAUUAUUUUAGCCUGCAAGUUAGCUUCAGAAUUUGGGUUGUGAAAACAGUAAUCUUUACAUGUCCCUAUAAAAUAAUGUAAAAAAAAAAAAAAUGUUUUUAAAUUUCUUAUUUGAUGGCAAUAAGAUACAUCAAACUUCUUUAUGUUCUUUACAAUUUAAUUCUAUCAUAUAUAGAAUUCAUGUUAUUAAAAAAUUUAUAAUUGCAUGAGGACUUCAUAGUGAUCCUGGAUGUGCCGUUUUCAUUUUAUUUUGAGGUAAAAAGAAAAAGGCAAAUGUUCGAUACAUUCUUUGUAAUAUAAGUGUGAUGAUUCUGAUAUAUGUUUGUCAUACGAAAGGUAAAUAGGAUUUUAUACUUGGUUCUUUGAAGAACAUUUUUGUUUUUUCUCUUUCAACUCAAGUUGCUGACGUGUAUAGUGGGUCAAUUAAAUGACUAAUUGAACGAAACCUUAUGUCCAGAUAACAUAUAAUUCCUGUUUACUUUAAACAUGACUAACAUAUAUACAUAUGUAAAUAGUAACAUACAUAGAAUAUAUAUAUGUAUGUAUAUGUAAUGUGUAUGUGUAUAUAUAUGUAUACACAUGCACACGUAAAUAUCCAAUCUGUGUCUAUAUCCGAUAUGUGUCUAUAUCCAGUUAUGGGCAACUUGUGGCCUGUGGGAUUUUCUGAAUGGCAUGCUGAAUGAAAAAAUUAUCAAUUUUUGAGUAGUGCGACCUGCCUGAUGAUGAACAAUGUCUCAUGUGGCCUACUUUUUUUUGGAAAAGGAUUGCCCAUGCCUUGUAUAUGCACAUGCAAGAAUGUGAAAGUGAGUGUGUGUAUGCAUUAGUGUUUCUGUCUCUUUCUGUAUAAAAUUAACCCAAAUCACCUCUGGAAGGGAGGGAGUAAACAACUUUAUGAUUUCAUGAUUAUAUAAAACAAAAUUGAAAAUUUA